UAGUCACGUUCCUUAUUCACUCCAUUCAUCUGUUUCAAUUUGAUCGAAUUCAAAGUGUUUGUUGCGGUGAAUCCAAGGUAGCGUUGUGCGCAUUUGUUAUUUUUGAUUUAUGAAAGCAACAAUGAUCGAAGCACUGAAAAGACAUUUGGCGAGCCGAAAGAUUGCGCCGAUCCUCAAAAAAUUAGAGGAAAAGAAUGAAGACAAUUCCGAGAAAGCAUUGAAGUUCUUAUGUGUCUUGGACUAUGUCACGGAACAAAAUGGAUUUUACAAACAAAUGGAUGAUCACCCAAAAUUGUUGCAACAGUUGAUGAGCUUCAAUUCAUACGAGUCAUUCAAGUACUAUCACUAUCAUCUCAACAAAAAUGUGUCGAAAGUCAUCGGAAAUCGCAUUUUGCGUUGCAAAUUUUGCGAUUUGAUUGGGCCGUAUGCAAUCAUUUUAAGCCAUACUGCCAUCAGCCACAACGUCCACCUUGGGAUCAAAAAGUGCGCAUAUUGCAAUCGCAUGGAUCUUUUGGAUCAUCCAUUGGACACGUGUUACAGCAAUUACUUGACAAAGUAUGCCAUCGAUGAAAAGAACGUUGCAAAUUCAUCGGAAUUCUUCGUCAUGUUGAAGGAAAUUUCGACAAAGCUCGGCGUGCUGAUCACCCGUACCGAUGCCUUCGGAGGUAUUGGUAAAUCGAAAAAAGAGUACGUGACUUGCAAAAUCCCAGGAUUCCCAAAUACCUGCACCGUUUUUACAGUACCUCGCGCAACUAAGAAAAAAGUCAAAGAUAAUAACUUGAAUAUUAUGUUCAAGUCUAUGGUUGAAAACAUGUACGGUGGAAAUGGAUUAUCGCGGCUGCUCGACAAUGAGCCCGAUGAAAUCAAAGACGAGAACAAUGAAGAGAACUGUGAAGCUGAUGACGCAAUCGAUCCAUUGAAUCCGAUACACAAUGAACGUGAUCCAUCCCCGCCGAUCAAUCGUCAAGUCGAUGAAACCAACAAUACUGAUGCUUCUGCUAAUGAUGAUGAAAGCACGUUUUCCAAUCGUGCACUGGCAACAUCAAAUUCUGCUCUGGAAGAACACUUGCAAGAUUCUCCUUCGCAUGGUGAACCUGGUGCAAACGGUAAAGAAAUUGAUGUAAAAACCGAAACAGAUGCAACAGACCAAUCGCCAGUUUUCGAGUCAGUGUUCUACCAAGGCUUGGAGCACUGUUUGAAAAAAUGUCCACCCGAAAAACGUGCAAAGUAUGAAUCGCAGCUGCUAAAAGAAAUCAUCGAUUUGACAAAGAACGAUUGAAACCAGACUGGAAUGUUUUCAUCAACUACUGCAUCGUGACAUCAUCAUUUAUUUGCAAGUUUCCAAAGAGUUUAAAAGCAAAAAAAAACAAUAUUGUAUUUGUAUGUGAUUUGAAUCAAUUUUAUUGUUUAAGUAUCACAAAUUUCAUCAAUAUUAUAUAUGAACAUUCAUUUUUUCGAACACUUUAAUAGGCUAAAACUACUUAAGUUUCAUCAAAAUAUUUUAUGUUCUAUGAAAAAUCGGUCAAAACUCAAUUCUUUUUAACAUUAAUAACCGAAUUGGUCAACACAUUUGGAAUCACUUGUUAGUUAUCAUUACUGUAUUUCACAUUGUUUUUAAAGAAAAUUCCAAAAUCAAUUUAAUAAUUUAAUUCUAAUCACAUUGUCCAUAAACAAAAUUCUAAACGCAAUUCAUAACUUUGCCGAAGCCGAUCCAAACCUCAACAUUUGAUUAUACCAUUUGUUCGAAUAAUAAACAAAAAUGUUUUAUUGACAUUGUUACCAACAGAAA